CUGAAUGGAGGCUAGUUUUGAUUUAGUGGGGGACUUUUUAGCUUCUUAGAACUGCACUUUAGGUUUGCUUUGUGUGAGGAACAUGUGCUCUUGAUUCGGGGCACGUUGCGUAGAAUGUAUUUAGACAUCGCUAGCCCAUUUACAUGACUUAUUCGCUCCCUUGUGAAAGCGUUUCAUGUCGGCAUAACAACGAUGCCAGACAAUUUUUUAAUCAUUUCGUGAAAAUAGGACUCGUGAGCGUCUGUUCGUUCUCUGGGAUUUAUUCUGCUACGACUCAAAAAAAACCUAUCACAUCUUGUGAACUCAUUGUUCGGUUAUUUGUAAGCUAGUAAAAAUGCGUGUAAUAGCGUCCAGAGACCGAUCUGUUUCUAUUGCCGAUCGAGUUGAGCUGCGAUGCCUCCAAUACGAAAGAUUGAAGAAUCAGACAAACAAAAAAUGAGUUCUCCACCAUAUCUGAGCCGCUCAGCAAACUCUGCUUCACUUAAAUCAGAGAUUAACAAAGUGAAAGCUAACUUAAGCAAAAGCUGUUUUGGCGCAAUAAGGACUGCAAAAGGAGAGUCAGAUAAUGACCUGACAAGUCUUAACUGGCUAAGUAGGAAUGAUGUGCUUCGGGGGUUUGACGUUGGGGCAACCGUACCCCCUAUGUCUCCCCCCCAUGAUGCAGAAGGUGAUCUGUCCAAUGAACUUAUUGCUAAUGGUCUUAGUAAUGGCAGUGCUUGCCCUGAUGGCUUGUCAGGCAAACGAAAGAGUCCAUCCAAGCCACCGUACUCAUUCUCAUCACUGAUAUUUAUGGCAAUCGAGGAGUCCCCAAACAAAAGACUCCCUGUAAAAGACAUUUAUAACUGGAUCAUGGAUCAUUUCCCAUACUUCAGGGAUGCACGUCUGGGCUGGAAGAACUCUGUGCGACACAAUCUGUCCCUCAAUAAGUGCUUCAAGAAGGUUGAUAAGGAUAAGGGGCAGAAUGUUGGCAAAGGUUCUCUGUGGACAGUGGACCCAGACUUCCGCCCUAAUCUGCUGCAGGCUUUGCGAAAGACACCAUCGUACAAUAAUUUCCACCAUCUACUGUCCACACCUCCUCCAUCUCCGAAAAAUGGACACACAUUAAAAUCACCGAAUUGUGGUCAGUACGACUCAUCAGAUGUUGACCCCGAUGCUGAAGCUGAAGCCGUGGCAACCAUGUGCCUGAUAGCCACCCCACCUGCCCUCAGAGCUGCUGAAAUUGUGCGAUGCCAGUCUUGUCCGCCAUCCGCCACGGAGCAAGACUCCCUGGUGAAGAGGGCCAAGGAAUACUUCUACAAACAUCGAGGCUCCUUCUCCGGGUCACCUACCAUGGUCAAGGAUUUUGCAAUCAAAAGGAGAAAGAUUUACGGUCUGUCGGCGUCCAUGGGUAGAAUAGAGAGCCCCAAGUUCAAGAACCGUAAAAGCAUCUCCCCUGACUCGUCCCUUGACGGUGAAUUCGAGUUUGAUCACGAGUCUGCCUCGGAAGAAGACGACGACGAAGACAGUGAAGUGGACGAGGCGAUGCAGAACGUUAUCAAGCGAGAUGAGCUGUACGAUAGCGGCUACGGACAAGACUUCGGACGCGACCCGGACACGGAAGAAACCAAGCCGAAGAAAAUCAAGUCUGAGAAGCUGAAUGAUUACGCUGGGGCGGAUGCGCUGCUAAGCUUGGCGAACACAGCUUGUAGCCUGAUAGGGUCAAGAGACAGCUCGCGGACAUCCAGUCCGGCACACACGCCCUCUCCUCGCCCUGUCCUAGCCAGCAGCUAGUACACGUGGGAUAACGCCCAUCAAACCAGUAGGGCACGCCAACGAGUUACGUCACAACUACCGAGUCUGAAUUCCAAGCCAAAUGAAUAAAAGUAAAGAACUGUAUUUAUUAUUAUCUGCCCGGGUCGCUAGACCAUCUAGCUAUUCUGGACCUCGGCAACAAUCUGGUCAGCUGAAUUAACCCCAUAUAAAGGACAAAUGUCGGUCAAUCAGGUAGAAAUGUUUUUUUUAUAUAUAAUUCCAUUUAUUGUGGCUAAGUUCUUGAUUUAAGUCGAAAAUUUGUUGACAUCAAAUGAAAAUGUUAAUGUUUCGUGCAUAAUGGUAUAAAUGCUAUUUUCAUUUUUUUUUCCCUGUGGGCAAUUUCGUGAUAAAAGUCGAUAAUUCUUGACGGGCAUUAAAUGAAAAUGUGCAGAAAGUAUUUCAAUCGUUUAGUAAAGCAAAGGAUAUAUUUAAGGUUUAGCUAAAUUUUAAAUAAAUUUAUAGGUAAAGUCAGAAUGGUGACACACAUCAACAUGGCUUGUUAAAGUACCCAAUUUUUGCCACCACAAGUAGACAAUGGGUCUUAUGUAGAGGGAAAAUGAUAUUGAAGCCUGGUCAUUUUCAGUAUUGUCUUUGUUCUGAACAUAUUGUCAAUUUGACAAGAGAUGAUGAUAGGUAUGCGCCUAAACUGAAAACAAACUAAAUUUUAUAGAAAACAUGAAUUUUUAUACUUUGUUUGAGCAGUAAAAUGAAAUUUCGUGCCAGUACAAAAAAAAUCUUCUGUAAAUAACCUCUUUUCCUAUUUAAUCUGAUUUUGGUUAAUCAUAUACUACGCAAAUGUGACGGCAAGAUGUAAACAUUCUGUUUCAAAGGCCAUAACAUGUUACUGGUGGGGUCCUGGGCGAAAUUGGAUUCUUUUCAACUCGUCUAUAGCAAUUUUGUGCAAGGAAGUUGAAACUAGCAGCAAAAUGGCUUAACUUGUCUCGCUUUUGAGACAAGGUGAGCAUGAUUGUAGCUCGUUUUAUCUCGCUCAUUACAAUGGGACCAUGUCCGCGCCAAGUAUUUCCUAAAAAACUUGGCGUGCAACUAAACAUUGAUGUUAAAGUUAUUUUUACAUUCUAUUUUGGCAAAUGUCAAGAUCCUUCAUAGGUAACUGGUAGCUAAGGGUCAUUCGAGUAUAAAUCCAUACGUAAAAAAAAAGGAAAAAAUAUAUAACAGCUCGUGCGUCAACACUGUGCGAGAAUUUUGUACGAUAGAGGGCCAACAAGUUAAACGAAUAAAAAUAUAUAUUGAUUCAGGUAUAGAUUAACUAUUUACCAUUGUAUAAUCAAUCGUAGAAAAUGAAAUCAUUGUAUUAAAUGGCCAGGAAUAUAA